AAAUGGGAGACCACUCCAGCAUCUUUGCCAAGAAAACCCCAAAUAAGGUCGUGAAGAUUUAGACACAGCUGAACAACCAGUCACCAGAAGGGAAUCCAGAUAAAAGAAUACUUGGUUACCAAGCCACUUCUUCUGAGUCUGUCUUCGAGGAAUGAGAGGGAGCCUUGUAAGAAGAGCCGCCUGUCAGCGCGCCUACGCUUUUAGCUCCAAGGGGAAACUGAGAAUGGACAGAGACAGAGUGGAAAAUACUUCAGGCUAUUAGAAUCUUGGCUUUAAACUUCAACUAACCCUUGGAGAAAGGUUUAGGAAAAUUGGGUGUCAAUUCUCUUAUUUUUUCCUCCAAGGCAUCACCUUGAGUCUGGUAGGCACUCAACAAAUGUUUGUUAAAUUGAAUGUAGCAGAUCCAUGCCUAGAAUGCCGUGAAAUCUAUGUUAAUUAGCUAGAUUUUUCUCCCGUUCUGUAUAAGUCAGGGGUGCUGUCUUACAAAGUUCUUUGGAGCCAGAAUAUGACUCACUGUAAAUGGAUCAAGAAGAGUUUUGAAAUUCAGUAGGGACAGAUAGACUGCAUCUUCUCAAGACCUGGGUACUUAAAGGAAAAAAAUGACCUACAUAUGGACUCUGUUCUCCAUGCAAAAUAAGUGGUGAGUGCCAGCCGUGGAACAGAUGUUUGGACUCUUGCCACAUGAAUUCGAAUGUGGCUCUGGCCAAUCUUUUCUCUCUUCUUUGGUCUCUGUGCUUCCGUACUGAGUGGCAGCUCCUUUGCAGAAGAGGUGAACCUUGGGCAAUUUUUGAAUGAAGAAAGGUUUCUCUACUUGAGGAUGUCCAUGGACUAAGUUUCAGGAAAGGCUGGAAUCUCAGUGAGAGCUAAACAGUAUAGUAUUUCCCGGUAUAGUGCUAGGAAAUCCUGAAAGUAUUUAACAUACUAAAGCUUCCAGGCUCAACAAGUGUAGCCAGUUCCAUUACCACCACUACAGCUUCAGCUUCCACCUUGGGCUUUGCCUUGAAUCUAAAGCCACUGACAAUACCUGGCAUUGCCAUCAUCCUUCCACCCUUGGCUACCACAGUUCCAAGCUGACAAUGGAUCAAGAGACUCCUCUGUCCCAUACCCCUGUGACAACUUAUGCUCAGCUGGAAAGUUUGAUCAAUAAGUGGAGUCUUGAACUGGAGGACCAGGAGAAACAUUUCCUUCAGCAGGCCACCCAGGUGAAUGCUUGGGACCGGACAUUAAUUGAGAAUGGUGAGAAGAUCACUUCCUUACACCGAGAAGCAGAGAAAGUGAAGCUGGAUCAGAAAAGGUUGGACCAAGAACUGGACUUUAUCCUGUCACAGCAGAAAGAACUGGAGGACCUACUGGCCCCUCUGGAGGAGGCCAUGAAGGAGCAAAGUGGGACUAUCUAUCUGCAGCAUGCAGAUGAGGAGCGAGAGAAAACUUAUAAACUAGCAGAGAAUAUAGAUGCUCAACUGAAGAGCAUGGCCCAAGAUCUCAAGGACAUCACCGAGCACCUGAAUAUGUCUGGAGGGCCUUCGGACACCAAUGAUCCACUCCAACAGAUCUGCAAAAUUUUGAAUGCACAUAUGGAUUCGCUUCAGUGGAUUGAUCAAAAUUCAGUCUUGUUGCAGCAGAAGGUGGAAGAGGUAUCAAAGGUUUUCGAGAGUCGUCGCAAGGAGCAGGAACGUAGCUACCGAAUUGCGUUUGAUUAAAUGUCCUGAGAUCUCUUGGAGAGUAUUGCUGUCUUGUUCAUUACCUAUCCAUUACAUAAAAGGUCCUAGAGUAUAAACUUGAGUAAGACAUAUAGUUAUCUACUGUAGUUAUUUUUUGUUACGGUAAAGUUUGUUGGAAUUCUUCUCCAUUCUAAAUCUUUAUGGUGGUAAGAAAAAAAAACCAUGCUGGAAUUUGCAUAAGUUUUAUUAAAAUUUUGUGAAUCUCUUUA